AUGUGGAAAAACAGAGUUUUUGUCAUUGGGGUCGGAAUGACGAAGUUUGAAAAACCAGGUCGCCGCAAAGACUUUGAUUACCCAGAUAUGGCCAAAGAGUCUGGAACCAAAGCUCUAAAGGAUGCUGGGAUAUCAUUUAAAGACGUUGAACAUGCAUCAGUUGGUUAUUGCUAUGGCGACUCAACAUGUGGACAAAGAGCAGUGUAUCAACUUGGAAUGACUGGUAUUCCUAUUUAUAAUGUCAAUAACAAUUGCUCUACGGGUUCCACAGCGCUGCUGAUAGCAAAACAGCUGAUUGAAGGAGGCCUCGCAAACUGUGUCAUGGCUCUGGGAUUUGAAAAAAUGCAGUCAGGAUCUCUCGUUUUAGAGAACAUGAACCGGACAAUACCUAUGGAUAAACAUCUACAACAUAUGGCAGAUACCAGAGGUUUGACAGAGUCGCCAGUGGCAGCACAGAUGUUUGGAAAUGCUGGCAGAGAGCAUAUGGAAAGAUAUGGAACAAAGCCAGAGCAUUUUGCUAAGAUUGCAGUGAAAAAUCACAAACAUUCUGUCAAUAAUCCAUAUUCUCAAUUUCAAGAUGAAUAUACUUUAGAAGACGUACUGAAGUCACGUACGAUACAUGAACCAUUGACAAAGUUACAAUGUUGUCCCACUUCUGAUGGCAGUGCUGCAGCCAUUCUUGCAAUAGAGGAGUUCAGGCCGAAAUACCUCUAUAACAAAAGUAAAGCUGGUGAGUUCAUUGACCGAGGUGAUAACACAUAUGGUGGCAAGUUUGUUGUCAACCCUAGCGGUGGAUUAAUAUCCAAAGGGCAUCCAUUGGGUGCUACAGGCUUAGCACAGUGUUCUGAACUGUGUUGGCAGCUGAGAAACCAAGCAGACAAACGUCAGGUAUCCGGUGUAAAGGCAGCAUUACAACAUAAUAUUGGACUUGGAGGUGCAGUGGUUGUCACCGCUUACAAACUAGGUUUCCCAGAGAUGAAACAAGAACUUCAACCCAAAAUGUCAUCAAAGUUAUAA